GGAUAUUUAUUAAACGCAUUUAAAGAUAGAUUAUUAUUAUAAAUAUUAACCCUGACAUACUCGUCGUGGAUUUUUGACCACUGUAUCCUCCUGCAAACUCAUAGCGUUGUCUUUGCAGCUCACAGCGUCAGCAAAGACCGCCGCGCCUCCUUGUGCCACGCUGUCAGAUAACUGAUUAUCAUGCGUGUCGUUGGCCAUCUGUCGCGUCGCCUUCCGAAGCAAAUCGUACAGUUGCACGGGCAGACACGAUGCUUUAGCCGGUCGAGCUUUCAGGGAUUGUCAGCAUCCUCAACCCCCUCUGACACGACUCCCGAGAAACCCGAGCCUUCCCACCCAUCGACCAAAACGAGCAAAGCAAAAGCCAUCGUGAGCUCCAUUCUGCACGGCAGCGAGAAAGCCAAAAGGGAUGAGGCUGACGAUAACCAGACCUAUUCAAAGAUCCUGGCCAGAGGAAAAUACGUGCAUGAAUUGCAGAUCCACAAUGUAAAACCCGAAGCUAUGCAGGACUAUAUCCAACUCCUUGACGAAAACUACCCUCGAGUAGCGGACAUGCCAGAAUUCAAAGUGAAGUUAUUUGGCAGCUGGACAACCGAGUUUGGGGAACUCGACAGGGCUGUUCACAUAUGGGAGUACAAUAACUAUCCUGGUUACAUUGAAACCCAAGCCUUGCUGAAGAAAGAUGUUCGGUAUCAAGCAUUCUUGAGACAACUGGCGCCUAUGCUACGAUCAAGACAGAAUCAGAUGCUGUUGGAGUUUGCCUUUUGGCAGGGAUCGUCACCAGAGAUACAUGAUGGGAUAUAUGAGCUGCGAUCGUAUCUUCUGAAGCCGGGUCGAUUGCUUGAAUGGGAAACAGAGUGGCGACGUGGGUUGGACGCUCGUCGGAGAUUCGUGCAGCCAGUGGGAGCGUGGUUCUCCCAGCUUGGACCACUGAACUGGGUUCAUCACAUGUGGGCGUAUCCGGAUCUUCAAGUCCGAAAGGAAAUGCGAGAAAAAGCCUGGCAGGUUGACGGGUGGGCGCAAACAGUCGCGCGAACUGUACCAUUGAUUGAAACAAUGGAAUCUACAAUUAUGAAGCCAAUGCCCUUCUCUCCAUUGAAAUAA